AUGGAGAUGGACAUGGUGAUUAAUGGAUCAUCACUUGAUGAAGCUGGAGGAGACUACUUGCCGCCUAGGAGCUUCAAAGCCAUAAAGUCUGUGUUUUGGGAAGAGACUGUCAAAAUGUGGAAGAUUGCAGGUCCAAUAGGCUUUAAUAUUAUAUGUCAGUAUGGUACAGAAGCUUUUACCAUUAUAUUUGUUGGCCAUCUUGGAAAUCUGGAGCUCUCUGCCGUUUCCAUUUCCCUUAAUGUCAUUAGCACCUUCUCUUUUGGCUUGAUGUUGGUCAUUGCUAUUGGUUCCCUUUCUAUCUGCAUGAAUAUCGAUGGAUGGGAAGUUAUGUUGUUCGUUGGAAUAAAUGCUGCUAUAAGCGUUCGUGUCUCCAACGAGCUCGGAUUAGGACAUCCAAGAGCAGCAAAAUACUCUGUUUAUGUGACUGUAUUUCAAUCUCUUCUCAUUGGGCUAAUUUUCAUGGUUGUUUUGUUGAUAACUAAAGAUUACUUUGCCAUCAUUUUCACAAGCAGCAAAGAUAUGCAAGUAGCUGUCUCUAAACUAGCAUUCCUUCUAGCUAUCACCAUGGUUCUUAACAGUGUUCAGCCAGUGAUAUCAGGGACUUUGGGGCGGGAUGAUUGCUGGAACUGCUUUGCAGACCUUGCUGCUUUUUAUUGUGCUCUACAAAACCAACUGGAAAAAAGAGAAGUAAUAUGCAAUGUUGUCAGAUUGUCACAAGCCACAGGUAUUGGAGUUAAUCCAUCUACCUGCAAGUCUUUCAACAAAUUCAAAACCCAAGUUAGUUCACAACAAACUAAAGUCAUAGCCUUGUAUUUUGAUUCUGAUAAAGACUUGGAGACAGUAUUUUGCUUCUUCGUCUUCCAUGAAAUGAGGGCUUCUCCCAACUUGAUGCAAUAUCCAGUGAUGGACCUUCUAGACAUGGGACAAGCAGCCUAA